GUAUACGAGAGUUUGUCCACCUUGAUCGCGCGCAUGCUAUCAUUUACUGAUAGCGGACUUCGUAUUGGCGGUGACUUUAAACUCUUUGAAAGGACGACUCUAAGUAGAUACUCUCCUUAAAUUGAGUUAUAAUCGUAAAUUGACUAAUCACGCGAUAUCAUGUGUGGAGAUUAUCAGAAAAUAUACUUCUGAUAACCAAUUAUCAUGACGAAUGAGGAUAAUGUGUGGAAUGAGCUAGCGAAUAUUCCAGCUGAUCCUCCUGAGACAAGAGACAAAUGCUCACAAUGCAAGAGACCUGUGCAAGUAUGUUGGUGUCCAGGUUUACCAAAACAACGUCUUAAUCCAGCAUCAAGAAUAAUAAUCUUGCAGCAUCCAGCUGAAGCAAAGCGUUGUUUACGUACAGUGCCAAUGCUAGCAUUAGCUUUAGAAUCAGGAAAGUGCCUAAUUUAUAGAGGAAAAAAGUUUCCAUUACCUAUACAUGAAGGCCUAGCAGAAAUUCUAAAUGAUAAAAACACUAUUUUACUAUAUCCUUCACCUGGAGCUGUUGCAUUAGAUACAUUAGAUCCAAUUGGUAUCAAUGAACAAAAAGCAUAUAACUUGGUUCUACUGGAUGGAACAUGGCCACAAGCAAAAGCAAUAUAUCACUCUAGUCCAUCUUUAUAUUUUCUACGAGCUUGCAAGCUAAUCGGCGUACCCACUAGCGAGUAUGUGAUUAGGACACAGCCAACGGAAGGUUGCCUCUCAACAUUAGAAACAGGCGCAAGUGCACUUUCAAUUCUAGAAGGCGACCCCGAACUAAGGGAAAAAAUGUUAGGUCCGUUGCAUUAUUUGUGCAGAUUUCAAUUAGAGAAUGGCGCGGUAACCCAUCAGAGUAAGGAAUUUCUUAUUAAACAAAAAACUUACCCGAAGUUGAUUGGCAAAAGACUUGCCAAACAAUUACGCAUAUUACCAGACGGUACGUCGUAACGUUUUAAAAUGCAUCUACAAUUGACAGUGAAGAGCUCUUAAUGUGAUAUUCGAACAAGAAUCGUCGAGUGAAAUGUUGGACUCGCAAUAAAAUCUCUUUAUUUAUA